AUGGACAGCUCAUUGCAAGCUCAUACAUCCUACUUUACAACUCAUUUCGUGUUGUCACAAGUUGUCAAGAGAAUGAGGAAACUCUUGUAUCAUGUUCAUACAAAAGAGUAUAAUUGCCAAGAUGAAGAGGUCUUUUACCCAAAUUCUCACCAAGGGGAAGAAAGUGAAAGAGAGCGUUCUCCCUCUCCACCACCUCGCCCAUCACCACCACACACAUCUUCUGCCUCUCCCUCUUCUCACACUAGUCAAGAAGUUCUAAACCUCAUUCAUUUGUCUACCUUUCUUCCACCACUAUACACUCGUCCUACACCAAACUUCGCUCAAGUGCCUCCCCAUCUUCGCACUAGAAUCACUCCUCCACGCCGCUCCAUGCGUGUCCAGUCUAGUAUUGGUACGUCAAAAUCCAUGAACCCUAAACCACAUUAUUUCAUCAUUUCAGACUCUGAGAGUGAUGACUCGUCUGAUUCGUGUCCCCCAGUAGGAGAAUCACCAACACAAACUGAACCACAAAGAAACACGAUGCCCACAGCACCAACACCACCACCACAAAUUCCAUCAACAACUACUAACCCUUCGACACCCUCAAAGUUGGCCUUCUCUUCUGAACCUUCGCACUCAACUCCUCCCCAUCAAAAACGGAGAUCGUUAAAUGACAUCGUUUCCCCUUCCACAAACCAAAAAGAACCACUCUCUCAACCAAAACCACCAACUAAACACAUGAGAACCAAAAACACAAUCACUAUUGCUCAAUUUCUUGCUCGAAAAAAUCUCCCAAAUCCUCAGAGAAAGAAAACGCUUGCCCCAAAAAAAACUUAA